AUGGCAUCCUCCGUCGACGAAGCCGUCAAGAGGCUCCAAGAGUCCCGGCCUCCUGCAACCGACGCCUUCACCUACCUCACCAUCGUCGAAAAGUCUAUGUCUCCGGAAAUCCUCCCGGCCUUCCAAGAGAUCCUCGAAGAUGCCCGGCUGACCAGCGAUAUUGGCUGGGACCUCGUCGAGAUGCUCAUCAACAUCCCCGGCAGUUCGCCCUGCCUCGAGACCAUCGCCCGCCUCGGGAACCCGCGCGAGGUCAUCCUCAAGGUCCUCGAGGUCCUCGACUCCAACUCCGAGUCGUCAGAGGCCGGCGAUGCCAACGCCAGCGCCAAGUUCAUCACCCUCGUCGGCAUGCUCACCAUCUUGCACCGUCGCCUACAGGUCAAGGCGCCCUCGCGCUUCCUCCACUCCACCCUACAGACCGUCUACCGAGCCUACGAUCCCCGCGGCGCAGAGACCACUGCCGCCGUCAUCGAGCUUGUGAGGUCGCUGUCGGGGCGCCGACGUCCUCCGCUGCCCACACGCCAGUCGAGCACGAAGCUGGCUACACCCUUUCAAGAGAGCGACCCGUCUAAGAGCGCCCCGGAUCCCGAGGCCGAGACGACGGACCAGACGAGCCCCGGAGAGCCCGAGUUGGUUACCCGGAUGCUACAGUCGUUCAUCACCAGCAUCCUCGAGGCGUACGUCAAUUCCAACAGCAUGGAGUGGGCGUCAAGGCUUCUGGAAUACUGUACUCCAGAGAAGAUUGUGCCUGGCCGGCCAACGAUGCUGCAGGCCUUCAAUCAGGUAGCAGAGCUUCAGGCCAUGGAUGCCUUGGUCGGACAGCUAGUGGCCGUUGCCAGUGACCUUGGCUUGUCAAAAAUGACAUCCGCCGAAGUGAAGCAAGUCCUGGAGGCCCCGGUCUCCAGCAACCCAUUCUCUGGUGAGCCUGACUCUCAGCACCCGGAAGAUACGAAGCUGUCUCCCGGUGGGUUCUUGUGCUUUACGGCAUACCGUAUGUUUGCUUCGGAAAUCUUCGACGCCGACUACGACCAUCCCGACAUCAACAUCUUCCCCGAUCACCACCUUCUCUUGAAGCGUUUUCUCGAAGUCGAACCCGAGGCCAAGAUUGUGGGCAACCCCGGCACCGUCGAGGCGCUCAUAGUUGUGGCCUUGUGGCUCAACGACAAGAAGCGAUUAUCAGGCAGCUCCACCGCCAGUACAGAAAAGGAGGUCAACUUCAUGUCGUACCACCACCUUCUGACCCUGGUGUCAGUCUUCCACCCAGCGCUCCGAGUCCGAAACGUGGCCACCGUGCUAGCGGGUCUCAUUCUGCACGCCGAUCCUGAAGAAGAUGACCGACUCUCCAUCAUGGAGGAUUUGUUAGAGAAUUGCAUGUUCUCGUCCCUGCAGGCCUGCGCGGUGACGUGGUUACGGGAAGAAAUGAUCGCAGCCCGCAAGUCGGGUUCCAAGGGUCGCUUCUCUAGUCCAGACUGCCUAGAUGCCUUGCAAUACACUCUCUUCCAGGACCUCGUACAUCUCAAUGAGACGGAUUCGGUGGCCCUCUGGGAGUACUGGGUGCAAAACGCGCCUUUCCACCUACAGGUCGCAAACUUUGCCCUGUUCCUCUUCGGCGGGAAGGACUACAAAGACCUGGCACCGGCUGGAAUGGCUGCGGCCAUUGAGCACCGAUACGUUCGUCCCUUGCUGUCCGCGGCGACAACGCUGAAGAGCGCUGUGGAGAAGAAGGAGAUUGACGGCGAGGGUACAGAGGGAGAGGUCUUGAUGCAGCUGGGUAUCUUAGAAGAUACCUUGGGGCGUGUGCCUCUGCAGUAA